GGGGCCGGGCGCCUGAGCCUGGUUCCCGAGGCGCGGCGGCCGCGGCUGGGGGCGGGGAGGGGGGCGCAGGACCCCAGGCGGGGGUCCCGGAGCCGGAGGGCCAAUUCCCGUCCCCCCAGCAGCAUGGCUUCCUGUGCUGAGCCCUCUGCCUCGGGGCCUGAGCCCACUGCCCCACCGCCUGCUGGGGUCCCACCACUCGAGGACUUCGAGGUGCUGGAUGGGGUGGAAGAUGCAGAGGGCGAGGAGGAGGAGGAGGAGGAGGAGGAGGAGGAAGACCUGAGUGAGCUGCCACCACUUGAAGACGUGGGGCGGCCUCCACUGGAGGAGGCCGAGCAGCCUGGGGCCCUGGCCCGAGAGUUCCUGGCCGCCAUGGAGCCUGAGCCCGAGCCCGCCCCAGCCCCGGAUGAGUGGCUGGACAUCCUGGGAAACGGGCUGUUACGGAAGAAGACGUUGGUCCCAGGCCCACCCGGCUCGAGCCGCCCAGCUAAAGGCCAGGUAGUCACUGUACAGCUGCAGACCUCGCUGGAGAACGGCACUCGGGUGCAGGAAGAGCCAGAGCUGGUGUUCACUCUGGGCGACUGUGACGUCAUCCAGGCCCUGGAUCUCAGCGUUCCACUCAUGGAUGUGGGGGAGACAGCUAUGGUCACUGCUGAUUCCAAGUACUGCUAUGGCCCCCAGGGCAGCAGGAGCCCGUACAUCCCCCCACACGCGGCCCUGUGCCUGGAGGUGACCCUGAAGACUGCUGUAGAUGGGCCUGACCUGGAAAUGCUCACAGGGCAGGAGCGUGUGGCUCUGGCCAACCGGAAGCGGGAGUGUGGCAAUGCCCACUACCAGCGGGCCGACUUCGUGUUGGCUGCCAAUUCCUACGACCUCGCCAUCAAGGCCAUCACCUCUAGCGCCAAAGUGGACAUGACAUUCGAGGAGGAGGAGCAGCUCCUGCAGCUGAAGGUGAAAUGUCUGAACAACCUGGCAGCAUCACAGCUGAAGCUGGACCACUACCGAGCCGCACUGCGCUCCUGCAGCCUUGUGCUGGAGCACCAGCCCGACAACAUCAAGGCUCUCUUCCGCAAGGGCAAGGUGCUGGCCCAGCAAGGGGAGUACAGUGAGGCCAUCCCCAUUCUGAGGGCAGCCCUGAAGCUGGAACCUUCCAACAAGACGAUCCAUGCAGAGCUUUCAAAACUGGUGAAGAAGCACGCGGCCCAGAGGAGCACAGAGACCGCCCUGUACCGGAAAAUGCUGGGGAACCCCAGCCGGCUGCCUGCCAAGUGUCCUGGCAAGGGUGCCUGGUCCAUCCCCUGGAAGUGGCUGUUUGGGGCGACUGCUGUUGCCCUGGGGGGCGUGGCUCUCUCCGUGGUCAUCGCUGCCAGGAACUGACCACCCAGGUGGCCACCACCCCCUUGCACACCAUGGACCCCACCCCGCGCUCCCUAACUUCCCCAGGCUCCCUGUCCACUGCCCUGUCUGAUCCAGGCCCCUCCUCUGGGGCGGGAGCAGUGAGGUGUGGGGGCCACAUGGCCCCAGUGAGACAGGAGGGACUAUGGCCCUAUAGGAGGAAAGUGAGGCAGGGCCCGGGCUUCAAGUCCAGCCCAGAGGGAGGGGACCCUCAUUCCUCCAGACCCAAUUCCCAUCCCCACCCCCAUCCCCUUGGGUUAGGUCUCAACAGAGGCCAGCCUCAGUUUCUCCUUCCCAACAGGCCUGGGGGCAGCCCUUCCCCAACCCAGUCCCUGUCCAAGCGUCAAUCCCCACCCACACCGCCUGCUGCCCUCUGUCCAGGUUCUCCCUCCCACUCCUUCAGUGAAAUAAAGCCUCCUACCCCGCA